UGUAUUUUCCUCAAGUAAAUGAGCAAGAAAGGCUUCAUCUAACUGUCUUAUGGGUGGCAUAAUAAUAAUAAUAAUAAUAAAACAAGAAGAGCAGUGUGAGUAGCGGUGAAUGAAUUCGCGUCUAUUUGAACAGAAUGAAGAAGCAUUGUCAAAGGGUUAUGCUAAACCUUCUUACGUAAUCUAAAGCCUAAUCUCAUUUCUCUUUUGUUCUUUGUAUCUUACUUUAUGAUGAUCAUGCUUAGGUAGGACAGAGAUACACUGCAAAUCAUAAAAAAAAGGGUUUAUGGAUUAAAUGUCCUCUCUCUCUCUCGCUUUUUUUUUGUUAUUUAUACUAUGGUUAUUGUUCAAAGAUCUAUUAUAUGGUCUCCUCACCAAGGUCAAAAUCAAUUCUUAGCGGGAGGAACUGAACUCAAGUUGUAUGAAUGGGUGCCAGAGACACAUGACGCACCAGGAAGAGCACGCUAUAUAUCGACGAUCCCAGACAUUACACUCAUGAUGUGUGCUGAUUGGUCUCCUGAUUCCAACUGUCCAGAUUUAGUCGCUGUGGGUUUAACAACAGGAAGAACACUGCUUGUUCGUAUGCAUGAGCACUCUUUGACAGACUAUCCCAAUGCAGACGGAUUAGAAACAUCAACACAAGGAAGAGCUACCAUCUACAGCAAUACGCACUUAAUCCGCAAACAAACACAACAAUCUACACAGAUACAACAACAGAAGCAAUAUCCUUCUUUAGGUGUCAAAUUAUCGCGUUCAAGCAACGUAGUCUCAUUCUCAAAAACACAUCCUCAUUUAUUAGCAGCAGGUCUUGAUAAAGUACGCAAUGAUCCAUGUUUGCUUGUAUGGGAUGUGUCUCGAUCAUUAGACAGUUAUUGCAAUACACCGACUGGAUCACAGACACCGACUAAAAGCUUCCAACAAGAUCCUUGGCGCAUAGAUACAAAAGACCGUCGAUACAAUCAAGAUAUGUCUAGUACGAGAGAACAAGGACCAGUGAGACAAUAUGGGUCUUCAGAGGCCAUUGCUUCCUGUGCAUGGUCUGAACAUGCUAAUGCGCCACUGUUGAUUGCAGGCAUGGGCAAUAAAUACUUGCGUGUGUAUGAUAUUCGAGCAGAUCCUGGAUCCAAUCCACUUCAAUUCACCACGAAAGCAGUGCAUGGUAUUGUGGUAGAUCCAUUCAGUCCAUACCGCGUUGCUUCUUAUUCAGAAGAAGGCAUCAUUAAACUAUGGGAUCUUCGCAAGAACAACGAUGCCAUCUUGACACUGAAUGCAGAAAGCAAGACAAAUCUGUCUAAAAUUGUGUUUUCUCCUUCUCAACCUGGGUUUUUAGCCUCAUUAGCCAAAGAUGCAUCCACCAUUGAUUUAUGGGAUAUUCAAGAGACUUGUUCUUUGCAAUCCGCUGUCCAUUCGUCUGUGCAACAUUAUCAAAAACCAGCUUUUUAUCCUGCUGUCAAUACAUCAAACAAUGUGUUACUCUCAAGUCAGUUUGAGGACAAUGAGUUGAGUAUUCCUGUGCUUUGGAAGACACGCAAGACAAGAUCCAGUGCAAAAAAAUUUGCUUCUUUUGCUUUUAUUCCUCAAGCAAGUGCGAAACAAGACAAUACAAUGCUUGCUAUUCAUACAGACGGUAAAUUUGAAUCUGUCAAAAUACAAGAAGCAUGUCAGAUAACAUGGCAGCCAACGGGUGGUAUGGUCAUGACAAGCAAAAAAGGACUUUUGUCCUAUCCUCCAGCAGAGAACAGUCCAGUGGAACACACGAUCCAUAGCUUGUCCCUACAGCCCAGUGCAAUUACAGCCAGUGUCGAUCGACCAUUGGCUGCAGAACUUGCCAAAGAUAUUUCUGUUGUCAUGAAGAGACGAUUAGAAGAAGGCUAUUCAAUGGACUGCAACAAGAACAUUGAAAUCACUCGUCAUCAUCCAAAGCUACGAGAGUUAUGGUCUUGGAUGAAGAUUGCAGAUCAAAUGUCCACCAAGCUCUCCAAGAUUGGGAAUAUAGACUAUAGUUUUCAUGGCGUGUAUGGUAUCUGGAUGGGAUCUUCUAGUCGUCAUCGAUCUUCACCUUCAAGUACACCUCGUACCAGUCAGUCUCCUAAACCACCUCGACAGACACCUACGCUCAAGUUAAAAGACACAGAAACGAGUCCCUUAGAGACAGCCAACGAUUUACCUAUGGUAGAAACAGCCAAAUCAGCUCAGAGAACCAUUGCAUUAGCUUCUUGUGGGUUUGGAUUUGAUACAAAAGGAUUUGAAAGAGAAUUGAUACAACUUGAAUCUCGAGGAGAAUAUGAUAAGGCUGCUGGUUUAGCUUUAUUCCAUGGUGCUCCUGAAAGAGCGAUUCAAGCAUUAAGUAAUGCUCGAGGAAAAGAUAAUAAAGAAGAACAACAGUGCAAAUUAAUGUCUGCUAUCUUGGCUAGUUAUCAAGCCAAUGGUACUGAAGCCAACAGUACAUGGAAAGAUAUCUGUGAAUCACUCAGCAAUGAUAUGGUGGAUAGACCUUAUUUACGUGCUAUUUUUGCCUAUAUUGCAUCCAAUAAUUGGUAUAGAGUCUUGGAUGAACCUUGCUUACCACUUCGAGAAAGAAUGGCUAUUGCUUUACGUGUAUUAGAUGAUGAACAGAUGACUCUCUAUCUAAAUAGAACACUAGAGAAACUAGUGCAAGAAGGAGAUGUAGAAGGAGUUGUCCUGACUGGACUAACAGUGAAAGGCGUUGAUCUUUUAGAAAGAGCAUUAGAUAGAUAUGGCGAUGUACAGACAGCCAGUUUAGUCAUGAGUUACACGGUUCCAAAGCGAUUUAAAGAUAAUCGAGUAGAAGACUGGGUAGAAAGUUAUCGCUCCUUAAUAGAUCGAUGGCAAAUGUGGCAUGCAAGAGCCAAGUUUGAUAUUCAGCGUGGUAAACGCAUGAAUUCAAGUGAAAUUGCACCACCUCAAGUCUAUGUCCGCUGUAAUUUCUGUGCUCAAUCGUUGGGUCAUAGUCUAGUGAUACAAAAUGCUCGUAACAGAGAAGGGAAGCGAAUGAAUGUCCAAACAAGCAAUCCUGGUAGUCGGGCAUCCGCUAAACAAAAGGUAAUGUUUUUAUUCCACUUAUCCAUUGGCUUAUUCUCUAUAGAGUUCGGUAUGUUCAAGUUGUCGAAAACCACUGCCUCGAUGUGCUCUCUGUCUGUUGCAUAUGGGCACACCUAUUGAUCAAUUAAGACAGACCAUGAUAGCCAAUGAUACCCAUAAAGUCGAUCCUGCUGGAUUUGAUCUCUGGUUUACUUGGUGUCAAACAUGCCGCCAUGGUGGCCAUGCUAUCCAUAUGUUUGACUGGUUUCAGAAACAUUCAACUUGUCCUGUCAGUAAUUGUACUUGUCAAUGCCAAAUUUAAACCAAUUAAAAAGAUGUGUGCCAAGACAACAUUUUGGUUGCAUAAAUAGAGAUUCGUAG